CUAGUAUACAAGCAUAACUUUACACCACAUAAUACGCCCCUGUGGAACAACAAUACCACUACCAUGGAAACUAAAACAGGUCGAGUUAGUUAAUUUGUGGUAAUAUUUAAUCAUGAAACUUGACAAGAAUCACAAGUGGCACACAAAAGCAAGCCAAAGUAUAUAACCUCUGACUGCAUAUUAACAGAACACAGGAUACCACUGGAGGGCAGUCAUGUGUUGAAUACUGAUGUCUGUCAUCUCAGUAUUUUGUUCUUUGACCGGGAGGCUUUGAAGUAAAGAUAAUGCUGUCAGGUAUUUACUCUCAUAUUACAUGCCAUGUUUUUGAUGUUAAAUGCUAUUUACUCUGCAGUUAAAAGAGAGAGCAGAAUUAAGGGCAAUCUUGUCAUUAUUGAAUUUUAAAAGGUGAAUAACAGUGCAGGAUCUUUUCCAGGUUAACAUAUCCCAUCUUUCACAGUGGCAGGAGGAGUAAAGUUUUAACUACUCAAGGAAUUGAAAGGUGACCACCUCUGUUGAAUCUCAACUGUCUGUAUAGAAACUGAUGAUAUGUUUUGACCCUUGCAGAUGGUUGUUGACUGAACACUCAGCUCAGCUCAGAGGUUACAGCUUAGCCUGCACUCAGUGAGGUAUUCAGAUGUGAGUGGGAAAGGGUGAGUGAAGUGGUUAAAAUUGACAAAACAAGAACGACUUUGUGGACUGGUUGCCUUGGAGCCAUUGACAAUGUCUUAUACAACCCAAGUGUACAUAAAACCUUUCAACAUCACAAGGGAGAAUGUUGUUUCAGGAGUGUUUUAGUAGUAAAUAUGAAAGACUGUGUAGUUUUGUACUACCAAAUAAUUAUAGGGGAAAAUAGAGAGUUUUUUUUUUAAAUGUACUAUAUUAGUAUUAGGCUAUAUGUGUAAUGAUUAAUACAAUUAAAGCUGUUUUUAUUGCUUUUUCCUUCUGAAUUCAGUCAACAGAAAGCACAAGUUGACACUUUUUUAACAUGAUAUUGAGCAUGCUUGGCUGUUAUCUUUUGUGCUCCACCCUUUCUGCUUUCUGUAUGGACUUAAACACAUUUUAAAGUAAACCCAUCAAAUCAAUCUAUAAAAACCAAGAUUAAGGCCCUUUAAUAGCCUAUAUACACAGUUUUGGACAGUUUUUCUGUACAUAAAUUAUUAAAAUAUAAUUUUCCUCUCAAAAGUUUCAAGUGCAGUCUUAAUUACAGUCUGCAUUAGGCAGAUGCAUAAAAGACUAAACAUUGUUGAUUUGGCAGUGUCCUUUGGACUUAAAGGAAACCAGAAUGACUGGUCAGGGGCCUAUGGUUCAGCCAAGGCCGAAUGUAGGACAGGUCAUCCAGUUUCAGUACAGUCGUCAAGUUGUUUUUAUUUCAUGGGACAGUUAAUAACUGUUAUAAAGGCUUAUGGAUAAUCUAAGGUUUGGAUGCAAUAUGAAGGAAUUAUUAAAUAAAACAAAUUAGACAUAUAAUGUAAACAAAGAUUUGUGAUAGAUUCGACUGGUUUUCCAGGCUUGUGUAAUAAGUCCGCCUCACGGUAGGUGGCGCUGUUGAGCAGCACAACCACCUGUGACGUAGAAACGCUGCGCCUAACCAGCGAGAGAAGAAGAACAACAAAAGCAGCCGCAGAUUUUCAGUUGGUAGUUCCACAUCAUCUCCUACCUCUGAGUUUACGUUUGCUUUAAUUUAGAAAAAUGUAACUGAAACAAAAUAAGUUUUUUCGGCCUGGAGGCUUGUGUGGAGAAGCAGCUUGUCAGAAGCAACGCUGUUAUUGUUUUCUUUUGUGAAUUCGGCAGCUAAGCUAGCUCUAAGGUUAGCUCCUCUUCAACUGUCUACGUCUGACAAAGUGUCUGACCUGAGAUAAUCAGCCGGUGUUUACCGUCCAAAUUAACCGACACCUCUCCCUCACGGUGCUAAUCAUCAGCUUGAGAUGGGAAGUCUGGGCAGCAGGUUCCAGUCCCCCUCUCAGGGACCAGAGGAGGCUGCAGAGGGCACAAGUACCAGCCGCAAGCAUGGUUGUGAGUGUAAGAAGAGGAAACGAAAUGCCCAGUGUGACUGUGACAGUGAACAAGAGGAGGACGAUGCUCUACUAGAUACACCUCGCAGGAAAAAAUUGAAAAGCACAUCGCGAUACAUUUAUCAGACUUUGUUCCUGAAUGGGGAAAACAGUGACAUUCGCAUCUCCGCCCUGGGACAGGAGUGGAACCUCCACAAAGUGUACCUGUGUCAGUCAGGGUAUUUCUCCAGCAUGUUCAGUGGCUCUUGGAAGGAGUCCAACAUGAUGGAAAUCAACUUGGAGAUCCCAGACCAAAACAUAGACACUGAAGCUCUACAAGUCGUAUUUGGAUCUCUGUACCGGGAUGAUGUUCUGAUCAAGCCCAGCAGAGUCGUCAGUAUUCUUGCCGCUGCUUGUAUGCUACAGCUGGAUGGCUUGAUCCAGCAGUGUGGAGAGACCAUGAAGGAAAACAUAAGUGCGAAAACUGUGUGUGGCUACUAUGCUUGUGCCAGUAUCUAUGGCUUGGAUUCAGUCAUGAAAAAGUGUCUUGAAUGGCUUCUAAACAACCUGAUGACCCACCAAAAUGUCGACCUGAUGAAAGAACUCGGAGCAGAGGUGAUGGACCAGCUCAUCCAGUCCUCGGAUCUGUUUGUCAUGCAGGUGGAGAUGGAUGUGUACACUGCUCUGAAAAAGUGGAUGUUUCUGCAGCUCAACCCGUCGUGGGAUGGACCAAUCAAGCAGCUUCUGCCUGACGCUGAUGCCUGGCUUUGCAAACGCAGGACAGACCUGUGUGAGAAAGAGCCCUUCUUAGACACAGAAGAGGGCGCACCUUUUUGUUCAGUGUUUAAAUACGUUCGUCUCCAAUACAUCAUCAACGAUCUGGCAUCUGCACGUAUCCUGGAGAGGGACAAUAUUUUGCCCCCUGAUUGGUUAACGUCGGUGUACAAAAACCAGUGGUUCGCUAUGCUCCGGACAGAAUUUGACAACGAUAAUGGUCCCCAUGAAGCUAACAAAGAGGAGUUCGAGCUGAGCAGUAUGCGAUGUGGCAGGAAACUGACUAAAGAUGGAGAU